AUGUGUUUACGUUUAUGUCUGUUUCUGCUGUUUCCAAUCGCGAUUAGCAGCGUUACUACCACCGACACUGAUCUCCCCGCGUUUCGAGAAGCCCCGGCGUUUCGAAACGGCAGAGAAUGCUUCAAAACGGUAUGGUCACCGGAGGAUCGCACACACAACCCUUCGAUCAUCCACAUCGCGAUGACUCUCGACGCCAUCUACCUCCGCGGCUCGGUCGCCGGAGUCUUCUCCGUUCUCCAGCACGCCUCUUGCCCCGAAAACGUCGUUUUCCACUUCAUCGCAACUCAACGCCGCAGCGCCGAUCUCCGCCGCAUAAUCUCCUCCACGUUCCCUUACUUAACCUUCCAAAUUUACCAUUUUGACCCUAACCUCGUCCGCAGCAAGAUCUCCUCCUCCAUUCGCCGCGCCUUGGACCAGCCGCUAAACUACGCCCGGAUCUACCUCGCCGAUCUCCUCUCCGCCUCCGUGCGCCGCGUGAUCUACUUUCCUAUGAUCUUCUUACACCAAACAAUAGCUCUGCACCCUUUUAGAUUAGUUCAUGAUCCCAGUAAUCUUGCACGUUACAACUAUUCUUCAGAUCGGAACCGGGCCGUUACAUACUUCGACUCCGAUCUCGUCGUGGUCGACGACGUGGCGAAGCUCUGGGGGAUCGAACUUGGCCGUCACGUCGUCGGAGCUCCGGAGUACUGUCACGCUAACUUCACCCACUACUUCACUUCAAGAUUCUGGUCGAGCCAGGGGUACAAGUCGGCGCUGAAAGGGAGGAAGCCGUGCUACUUCAACACCGGCGUGAUGGUGAUCGAUCUAGGGAGAUGGAGAGAAGGGAGGUUCACGGUGAAGCUUGAGACGUGGAUGAGAAUCCAGAAACGGCACCGUAUCUACGAGCUGGGGUCUUUGCCGCCGUUUCUGCUGGUUUUCGCCGGAGAUGUUGAACCAGUGGAGCACAGGUGGAACCAGCAUGGUCUCGGGGGUGAUAACAUGGAAGGGCUUUGUCGGAAUCUGCAUCCGGGUCCGGUGAGUUUGUUGCAUUGGAGCGGGAAAGGGAAGCCAUGGCUAAGGCUUGACUCCAGAAGGCCUUGUCCGUUGGAUUCGCUUUGGGCUCCUUACGAUUUGUUGCGUUAUUCACCGUUGAUCUCUGAUAGCUGA